GCGCCCCGCGCCCACAUGGGGCUGUGCAACAGCCUCCGGCCGCUGCUCUUCGGAGACCCAGAGCCGCCCUUGGAGGGGGCGCGGUCCGGCCCAGACCAGACCCCGGACCCGGACCUGACCCCGGUCCCGACCCCGGCCCGGACCCCGGCGGGGGCAGGCGCGGCGCGGACCCCCGCGCAGAAAGAAAGGAUGCGGCGCGCGGACCAGCAGCGCGCGGAGGAGCGCGAGGCCAGGCGGGUCCGCAGGAGCAUCGACCGCCGGCUCCGCGAGCAGAAGCGCGACCUGCGGCGGACUCACCGGCUGCUGCUGCUCGGGGCUGGUGAGUCUGGGAAAAGCACUAUCGUCAAACAAAUGAGGAUCCUGCACGUCAAUGGAUUUAAUCCCGAGGAGAAGAAACAGAAAAUUCUGGACAUCCGGAAAAACGUUAAGGAUGCUAUUGUGACAAUUGUUUCGGCGAUGAGUACUAUAAUUCCCCCAGUUCCACUGGCCAACCCAGAAAACCAGUUUCGAUCAGACUAUAUCAAGAGCAUAGCCCCCAUCACUGACUUUGAAUAUUCCCAGGAAUUCUUCGAUCACGUGAAGAAACUCUGGGAUGAUGAAGGUGUGAAGGCCUGCUUCGAGAGGUCCAACGAGUACCAGCUCAUAGACUGCGCCCAAUACUUCCUGGAGAGAAUUGACAGCGUCAGCCUGGUGGACUACACGCCCACGGACCAGGACCUCCUCAGGUGCAGAGUUCUGACGUCAGGGAUUUUCGAGACACGAUUCCAAGUGGACAAAGUCAACUUCCACAUGUUUGACGUCGGAGGCCAGAGGGACGAGAGAAGAAAAUGGAUCCAGUGCUUCAACGACGUCACCGCCAUCAUCUACGUGGCCGCCUGCAGCAGCUACAACAUGGUGAUCCGGGAAGAUAACAAUACCAACCGCCUGCGGGAGUCCCUGGACCUUUUCGAGAGCAUCUGGAACAACAGGUGGUUACGGACCAUUUCCAUCAUCUUGUUCUUGAACAAACAGGAUAUGCUGGCAGAAAAAGUCUUGGCAGGGAAAUCAAAAAUUGAAGACUAUUUCCCAGAGUAUGCAAAUUAUACUGUUCCUGAAGACGCGACACCAGAUGCGGGAGAAGAUCCCAAAGUCACAAGAGCUAAGUUCUUCAUCCGGGAUCUGUUCUUGCGCAUCAGCACGGCGACGGGUGACGGCAAGCACUACUGCUACCCACACUUCACGUGUGCCGUGGACACAGAGAACAUCCGACGCGUCUUCAACGACUGCAGGGACAUCAUCCAGCGGAUGCACCUGAAGCAGUACGAGCUCCUGUGAGCCCCCCAACCCCGCCCCGCGUCCCAGGGCCGCCCGGCACAGAGCAGCGAGUCCCCGUCCAUUGUGCGGGCUCUCGUGACCGCUGGGCCCCCGGCCACCUCUGCCCCCACCUCCCCGCCCCGGUCUGUGUGGGGGUGGGGGGGCCCCGACUCGUGGAGAACUUGGCAGGUGGGGAGACGCACUGGCCCAAGCACGACCGGGCGUCACCCUUCUGACCCCAUGGGCCCACGACUCAGAGGAGCCCCCGAGCCACAGUGGGAACAGAACCCCCUUCAGUCCUGUCUCCAGGGGCAGCUGGCCUCAGCCUCUGUGUCAGAGCCCCUCUGACCGUCCACACAUCAGCAGAAACCCCCCCACUGCUCUGGCCACAUGUGUCCCGUCCACGAUGGUCCCCAGACUCACGCUGCUCAGGCAACGGCCUCCUUUCAUAGGUUCUUUUUGUUGUUUUAUUGCUGGUUUAUUACACUGUACAGACCACAAAAUGUAAUAUUAUUUUGUAUAACUACUCAAGGAAAAUCCCUGUAGAUCUCCGUGCCUUGACUAUGGCUGUCCCUGUAAAAGAAACGUGUUUCUGUUGUGCUGAACAGCUGUCAUCAUACUACCGCUUGCUCUGAGAAAGGGAGUGAAUGGUGUAUAGAGAG